GAUAAAAAUCUUUGACCAGCAUCCAUCCACUCAGAGCAUCUUUCUUAUCCUCCGAGGACCGUCCCGAAAGCCGGAGUAUCGAUUCCAAACUCUUCCCGAUCCCCGGUCCGACCGCUGGGGAAACGACAGGCAUCGUCUGUGGGGCCCGGAUACACUUUUCUCCUCCAUCUGGGGCAACCUGUUAACCCAAAGAAUCCAGACGCCGGCAAAGGGUAGAUGAAACAAAAGUGACAAGAGGCGAAUCCUUUCUGGAUUAUAAGCAGCAUCAGCAUCCGAGGCAGCUUUGCUCCAAGCGACAGAGAUCGGAGGCGAUAUGACGGCGCUGGCAGGAGGUUUACCGAGAAUGAUGAGACCGGCUCCUCACCAGAACUACGCGCGCGGAGGAUACUCGCUGGAAGUUUCCACUCCGUUAGGACAGGGCCGGGUCAACCAGCUCGGAGGAGUUUUCAUUAACGGCAGACCUCUCCCCAAUCACAUCCGCCACAAAAUCGUGGAGAUGGCCCACCACGGGGUCCGGCCGUGCGUCAUCUCCCGGCAGCUGAGGGUGUCCCAUGGCUGCGUCUCUAAAAUCCUCUGCCGCUACCAGGAGACGGGUUCCAUCAGGCCGGGGGCUAUCGGAGGCAGCAAACCAAAGCAAAGUGCUUGUCCAGAAGUGGACAAGAAGAUCGAGGAGUACAAGCGAGAAAAUCCCGGCAUGUUUAGCUGGGAAAUCAGGGACAAACUACUGAAGGACGGAAUCUGUGACAGGAACAACGUCCCCUCAGUGAGCGCCAUCAGCCGCGUCAUGCGUUCUAAGUUUGGCGGAGUUGGUGAGGACGAGGAGGAAGAGGAUGAGAUGGUGAAGAGGACGCUGGAGGACAGCGAACCCCGGACAAAACACAGCAUCGAUGGCAUCCUGGGAGACAGAUCGAGCCACUCGGACGAGGCCUCUGACGUGGAUUCUGAGCCAGGCCUGCCUUUAAAGAGGAAGCAGCGGCGGAGUCGGACGACCUUCACAGCGGAGCAGCUGGAGGAGUUGGAGAGGGCCUUUGAACGUACACACUACCCAGACAUCUACACGCGAGAGGAGCUGGCUCAGAGGGCCAAGCUGACAGAAGCUCGGGUUCAGGUAUGGUUCAGCAACAGAAGAGCUCGGUGGAGGAAACAAGCAGGAGCCAACCAGCUGAUGGCUUUUAACCACCUCAUACCAGGUGGUUUCCCACCAUCAGCCAUGCCUGGCCUGCAGCCUUAUCAGCUCUCAGACAGUCCGUACCCUCCAACCUCUAUAGCCCAAGCAGCCUCUGAUCAGCCGAGUACAGUCCAUCGGCCUCAGCCGCUGCCACCCAACUCCAUGCACCAGAGCGCGCUCAGCUCAUCAGCCUCCCAAGACGGAGGCUCAGGAUACUGCCUUUCUUCCGGAAGACACAACUUCUCAGGAUACACGGACAGCUUUGUGUCCCCAACAGGACACACCAACACUGUUAACCCCAGCAUCAGCAACACCAUCUCACCGCAGGUGAUGGGCCUGCUGAACCCCAGUGGAGUGCCGCAUCAGUCCCAGAGUGACUUUGCCCUCUCUCCUCUCACAGGAGGCCUUGAGCCUAAUGGAGCCAUGGCUGCUAGCUGUCAUGGCUCUCAGCGCUUGGAGGCCCUUCCAAGCCUAAGCAGCAUGCCCGCCCUACCAAGCACACAAUCCUACUGCCCAACUUCCUACACCUCCCCAGCAUACGCCGUCGACCACCAUCCUAGCUACCAGUACGGACAGUACAGUCAGAGCAAGGUGCCUUUCAUUAUAUGAAGCCCCAACAUGGCCCAAGCAGGAAGCUCAUAUGGAUACGCUGACAUUCCUACCCGGAGAUCACCACCACCCACUUCCUUCGCCAACUUCUCCAACCCUGGGGACAGCAAGAUCAGCAGCGGGGGAGGUGAAAGGGUUUACUUGGUUUUCCUUCGGCAAGAAGCAGAGAUACCCUGGAUGGUGGCGUCGCGAUGGAAAACGAAGAAGUUUGAUUGUAAUGACUGAGGACUGUAGGCGCAGUCAUGCAUAUGAAGUUGGACAUAAAAAAUGUGGCUGCGUUGAGAAAUCAAGCCAGAAAGCAUGAGCUGAAGCACUGGCACCGGUGCAACCCAAAGAAAGUGCAAUACAUUCAUACCUCAUGUGCUGUAAAUGAACAUAGAUCGAGGGUUUCCUGUUUAAUCCUCCAUGAACUGCUCCCUUUUUUUGGUGGUAUACAAUUUUGGGUGUGCGCAUUCAUCCAUCAGGGGAACGUAUCAAGCAAUGGAUAGUAGAGAAUGUAGUCAUACAGUCUUUUUCUUUUGCCAAAAAAAAUAUCUAAAUAAAACUCUCAACCAGUGAAUACAAUAUUCAGCUCUACUGUUAAUUUUUGUUGUUGCUUUGCAUGUUUAUUUAGUUGUUACCAGGAACUUGUCAAUUUUUAGUUGCCUUCCUUAUUUAUUAAAUGUUGGUUAACUGUUUUUUUUACAGUCACUUUUUUAACAAGUGCUCCACUGUGCUUAAGUCUUACAAAAAGUUCAUUAUUCCUUUUCUUUUGUAUGAUUUUUGUAUUUACAAUUGUGUCAUUUUUUUGUAACAGGUUUUGUGUAAAGUAUAGCACUAUUACUAUUUAUAAUAAACAAUGUACAAAUUGCAGAAAGUUUACAUUUUUUACCUGCUUUCAUUUUUUGAUAGUAAAUGAUUUAAAAUUUAAUGUUAAAUUUCUACAAUCAGCAAGCUUAAAUUUUAUUCAAUUAAUUUCAAUGGUGUUCUUGUCCAGUCAACAAUUAUUUUGGCCAUCUCAAAAAAAGCAAAACAAAACAAAAGAAAAAAAGAAAAAAAAAAAAGAAAAGAAAAAAACACAGACCUUUAAAAAACGAUCUCGCAAACAUUCCCUACAUUACUGUAUGAUUCUUAUCUUUAUUGAUUUGCAAUCCUGAAAAACAACAUCCUGUAAAAAUUAAUCUUUAGGUCUCUUGUAAAACAGCAGGUUUCUAUGAAGUAAAAGAAGUUAGGGCAAGAUAAGCUAUUUAAAAUCUUUUCUGAGAAAUAAUGUGACGUGUGUCCUCUCUUUCAACUGAACAUCAACAACAAACACAUCUGUUAAGGUGGAAUACAAUUUUUUUGUGCUCUUCUUUAAUUUGUACAAUGAGAUUUUGUUGGCUUCAGCUAAAGGAUACAAAUGGACAAAUGUAAGAAAAUAUCUGAUGGAACAGGCAAACUUGAUCUAGAGUCACUAAAAUGUAUUUUAAUUACCCUACAAGCCUGAAUGCUAAAAUUGAAAUAAAAGGUGUUUAAACACAAUGUUGCAAUAGGGGUGUACACACUUAUGCAACCAGGUAGUUGCAGUGUUUUAAUUUUUUUUGUGUAUUUUCUUCAUGAUUUUGUUUUUCAGUUACAUUUUACAGGAUAUGUGUCAUAUUAAAAUAAAAUAAAAACAAAGACUUG